AUGUCAGCAUCAAACAAAGAGAAUAAUAUUACUGAUCAUGGAUCACGGAAGCCAAGAUCCGGCAGGGGAGGAACAGCACGACAGGAACGCAGGGCCUCCCAGGUCGUCAUCCAGCGAAAUCCCUGCGAUUUGCUAACAAGAAAAGACGAAGUCACGUUGAAACUAAAGGAUAGCAAGAAAGUUGGUACAUGGAAUGUGCAAAGUCUAUUCCAAGCCGGCAAAGUGGACAGUGUUAUUAACGAGAUGCAAAGACUCGAUGUCGAUAUCCUUGGGUGCAGCGAAGUAAGAUGGCCCAACUAUGGACAAUGUAGAAUAAAUGACCACACAGUGUACUACUCCGGAGAUACAUCGACUGGAAAUAAGAACGGAGUGGCUGUAAUAGUCAACAGAGAAGUUGAGAGAUGCGUACUCGGCUUUAUAGAAAUUUCAGAUAGAGUGGCAAUACUCAAAGUUAAUGCCAAACCAUUCAAUAUGAACAUCAUUCAAACCUAUGCUCCAACCUCGGAAAGUUCAGAACAGGAAGUUGAAGAACUCUAUGAACAACUCAAAAUGGCCCUAAAUCAUACCAAAAAACAAGAACUGAAUAUCAUAAUGGGGGAUUUCAAUGCCAAAAUAGGCAAAGGGACUGUAGACACGACAGUGGGCCAGUUUGGACUGGGAACUCGAAAUGAUAGAGGAGAUCGCCUUAUUCAGUUCUGCCAGGAAGUUGACAGUGCAGUAAUGAAUACAUUCUUCCAAUUACCACCUCGAAGACUUUAUACCUGGAGAUCUCCAGCUGAUAGUCCGCAAAAAGUCAUCAGAAAUCAAAUUGACUAUAUUAUCAUAAAUAAAAGGUAUCAAAACUCUGUGAAAACCACAAAAACUUAUCCAGGAGCGGAUGUUGCGUCAGAUCACAAUCUGUUGUUGAGCAGGAUAAAGUUAAAGCUGAAAAAAGUUCAAAAAGAAAAACCCAAAAAAACGACCAGAUAUCCAGAAACUGAAAGAUGA